AUGGAGCGCCCAGAGCCUCACGUCGAACUAGGCAAAAGGCUACUCGAGACGCUCCGUUCACUUAUCAUGCACUUGCCAGAAAAUGUGCAGGGCAAUAUAGAUUCGCUCAAGAAGAUGCUUGAGUCGCCCAACCAAUCGCAGAUUUUGAUCCCUGUGCUCUUGGGAGUUGGGUUGCUUUUCCAAGUUUUCCUGAAAUUUAGAAAAGUGCAAACUCACAAAAAAUCUCGAUUCCUCGAAUCGCCUGGCUUCCCAUUGCCAGAAAGCUUGAAUGGUUUUGACUGGGCUACGAAAGAGCCGUUACAACUUAGGCCCUUCAAGCCAAAGUAUCAUCUUACAAUGGCUCUUGAAAAUCUAGAUCCGUCUGAACUCAUUCUUAUGGACAAGACGUACAAAGAGCGCAUGAUGUAUCGCCGAAAGAUCCUCAAAGAACAUCGCGAGACCGUGCUUGCAAUGCAUGAUGAGUCUGACCCACGCACAAUCGCCGCUGUGAAGGAAUUCUAUCGCUACAUCAUGUCGACCUACCUUCCCGUGCGCUACCCAACAAUGUUUCGUCUCCACGAAACUGCCUUUGAGACUGGCAAGGCUUACAUGCUCGAGAAUCUCGUCCUCAACGAGCUGUACCCGUCUGAAGUCACCGAACUCACGUCGCCAAUGCGCGCCCUUGAAAUUCUCUACAAGACUAUCGAUGAGGAUUAUCUCAUCCUCCUGCCUGAUGAAUCAGAAGGCGGUGAUUCGAAAAAUGCCAAAUACAGGCUCGUAGCAUACGAAACAUGCUACCCAGCAGGCUUCAACCCUCGUCAGAAACUCGGGAAGCUUCUCGCCGACAUCCAUGGCCCCGUGCCAGGUUACCACGAAAAGCUUGAGAAGAGCAUGGAUCGACAUUUUGCAAACAUCGAAGUGGGCAAAUAUGUGAAGCGUAUCAACUGGAGCAUUUCUACCGAUACAGAGCUGUUUGCAGCUUUUGGUGGAUUGCAUAGCUCUGUGAAUGAGACUCAGGUCGAGGAGAAGAUUAAGGAGGGGACACUAGAUGUUGAUUCGACCCUCCUCCGGAGCGAGCGUCAAACGCUUCAUCGCCUGCCAACUUCCCGCGCUAUAGUCUUCGGCUUUCAUACAUACACAUAUCCGAUCAAGCAGAUAAAAGAAGAAGGCUUAGGCGAAGAUCUUGCUACGGCUAUCGACGGAUUGAAAGGAGGGAGUGUGCCUCAGAUUUAUGGAUACAAACGAGGGGCUAUCUGGGGCGAUGCAGUCAAGGCAUAUUUACGGAGUUAG